AUGCUCAAACCUCCGCCACCAUCUCUAGUCACCGAGAAGCCGUCGAUAGCAGACCUCAGUCGUUCUUCUUCUGUUAUUUCAAGCAGCACAGACGAGUCUGAGCCUGAACAACUUAUCCCUCCUCGGCCACGGCCAGUUCGAACUUUCUCAGCUCCACGCUCUCGUAGCCCUGGCUCGCCAACUGUUCGCGCCACUUCCAAACCACCACCUUCAUAUCUAUCCCGUGAACUUGGAUACUCAGACGGCGCAUCACAGCCGUCCCGACCACCAGGAAAACCCUCGCUACAUGAUUUCCAAUUCGGUAUCACCCUCGGUGAGGGUUCAUAUUCGACGGUGAAACUGGCAAAAUCCAAGAUCGAUGGAAAGCAAUACGCCGUCAAGGUCAUCACGAAAAGCCAUCUUAUACGUGCACACAAAGUUGAAACUGCAGCUGCAGAGCGAAGAGCGCUGAUUCGACUGAACGGACAUCCCGGCUUUGUCUCUCUCUAUCAUGCUUUCCAGGAUGAAUGGAGUCUCUACUUUGUCAUCGAUUUUGCCGCCAAUGGGGAAAUGCAAUCAUUAAUAUCACGGCUCGGCUCUCUCUCGACUAACUGCGUGCGAUACUACUCCGCGCAGAUAACCGAUGCCCUCGAGUUCAUGCAUUCCAAGGGUGUUCUCCACAGAGACCUCAAGCCCGAGAAUAUCCUCCUUGAUGACGCUUUCCGGAUAAAGAUAGCUGAUUUUGGAACUGGGAAAGUCUUGGAGGAGGGUGAGGAGCGAGCGACUACAUUCGUGGGUACCGCUCAGUACCAAGCUCCAGAGCUUUUGGAAUCGAAGGAGACCACUAAAAGCUCAGACUACUGGGCUUUUGGCUGCGUUAUAUACCAGAUGAUCGCGGGUCGUUUCGCUUUCAAUGACCGUUCCGACUAUUUGACAUGGCAAAAAGUGAAAAGAGUGGAGUACGAGUUUCCCAGUGGCUUUGAUGAACAGGCGAAGGACCUCGUACAAAAACUAUUGGUCCAUGAUCCUACGCAACGUCUGGGUGCUGGCGCUCGUGGAAGCGACAAUGAUCCCAGCGCACUUCGGAAGCAUACUUUUUUCACUACGAUUGACUGGGCUUCCCUGUGGACCAGCGUUGCUCCGACCGUUGAAGCCGGUCUCGUUAAGAAGGCACACCCAUUAGCUCAAGGCCAAGAUCGAAAUUGGGAGGAUGUUGGUGCUGCCUGGGAUGAACUAGUAGGGAAUGAUAGCGAUGGUAUCGAAUGGUCUUCCGACGCAGAAGGGCCCCAUCGCUUCAAUGGCCGAAACCCUUAUGGCUCAGAUAUAGGACCAAAGGACGAGGUCAAACUGGCCGCGUUCCCAUCAGUGCAGGUCACGGAGCCUUCUCCAAAUGACGCUACGCCAGAUGACUCCUCAAGCUCCUCACACGAGAGCUUGGGGAGACUGGAAAAAUCAAUAGACCGUCUUCAGUUACGUUCUGGACGCAAUUCACCCGACGGUCCCAUCCAUUCGACGCAAUUAGAGCACGAACGCGGGAGGGAUAGAGCUCCUACGCCUCUGCGAAAUACUGAAUCAGAGCUUAAUUUUGCGGCCAUCCUCAAGCUGCCGGAAGACGAAGAAAUCCUGUUUGACUCGCCUGUCCUUUCACGCCAGCGCAUUCUCCCUAUUGCGGGUCCUCCUGUGAAAUCGAAGCGACGCCAUCUUGUCCUGACCCGUCGUCGACUAUUUUGCCUCAAACAAGACCUGUCAAUAAAAUCCGAAUUGGUCAUUCAGUCUGCAGUUCGAGGCAAAGACAAGGCCAAAGACAAUCGUACGGUUUUAACUGGUGCACAACCAAGAGGGGACCGUGAAUUCGCUUUGACAACUCUGCCUUCAAAGUCCUUUAUAUAUGCUGUGGUAUACCCGUUCUCUGCCUCGGCUUGGAUAGAGAAAAUUAACGCUCUGGCACUCGAUACCACUGAUUCUCGGACGUAA